UCAAUCAAUCAAUGUAUGUUGAAUCAGAACCUAGUAGUCACUUACCUGAUACAAAGAACUUUCCUUACUCUUAAUUUGGUAAUUGAUAAAGAUUGUCGUCUUUCAAAACAUAAUGCUCAAUGUGUUUUUCUCUUUCCUUUAGUUAAAGAUGUAGAUGGUGGAAUUGAUCAAGAUAUAUUUGAUAUCAAUGAAGAAUUGGGGCUGGAUCUAUUUGAGGGAGACAUCAGACUUGAUGGGGCACAAGAUAGAAAUUCCAUCAUCGGAGAAAAAUACAGAUGGCCUCAUACCAUCCCAUAUGUUCUAGAAGAUAGCUUGGAAAUGAAUGCUAAGGGAGUUAUCCUUAACGCAUUUGAACGCUAUCGCCUAAAAACAUGCAUUGACUUCAAGCCUUGGACUGGAGAAGCUAACUAUAUAUCAGUGUUCAAGGGCAGUGGCUGCUGGUCUUCAGUGGGCAACAUGCAUGUUGGGAAGCAAGAACUCUCCAUCGGGGUGAACUGUGACAGAAUAGCGACAGUUCAACACGAGUUCCUCCACGCCCUGGGGUUCUGGCAUGAGCAGUCUCGUUCCGAUCGGGAUGACUACGUCAUGAUAAUGUGGGACAGGAUUCUGUCAGGCAGAGAGCACAAUUUUAACACCUAUGAUGACCAAGAAUCAGACUCCUUGAAUGUUCCCUAUGAUUACACGUCAGUAAUGCACUACAGUAAGACGGCUUUCCAAAAUGGAACAGAACCAACAAUUGUAACACGAAUCUCAGACUUCAUGGAUGUGAUUGGCCAGCGAAUGGAUUUCAGCGACUAUGAUCUCUUAAAGUUGAAUCGACUGUAUAAUUGCUCCUCUUCCUUGAGCUUUCUGGACUCGUGCAACUUUGAACUGGAAAACGUGUGCGGUAUGAUUCAAAGUUCAGGUGAUAGUGCUGACUGGCAACGGACUUCCCAGGUCCCCAGGGGCCCAGAGAGCGAUCACUCCAACAUGGGCCAGUGCAAAGGUUCUGGUUUCUUCAUGCAUUUCAACAGUAGCUCUGUAAGUGUGGGGGCCACAGCAGUACUGGAAAGUAGAACAUUCUACCCUAAAAGAGGAUUUCAGUGCUUGCAGUUUUAUUUAUAUAACAGUGGAAGUGAAAACGACCAACUGAACAUCUACAUCAGGGAGUAUUCCGCAGACAACGUGAAUGGUACUCUAAUGCUUGUGGAAGAAAUAAAAGAUAUACCCAUUGGAAGCUGGCAACUUUACCAUGUGACAUUGAAAGUGACCAACAAAUUUAGAGUGGUGUUUGGAGGGGUCAGAGGCACUGGUGCAUCAUUGGGUGGCCUGUCUCUUGAUGACAUCAAUCUUUCAGAAACACAGUGCCCUCAUCAUAUCUGGCAUAUAAAGAAUUUCACACAGAUUAUUGGCAGCUCGAAUGAAACUAUAUAUAGCCCUCCAUUUUAUUCUUCUAAAGGUUAUGCCUUCCAGAUUCAGUUGAAUCUGAAUCAUUCGACUAACGCAGGAAUAUAUUUCCACUUGAUCUCUGGAGCCAAUGAUGAUCAAUUACAAUGGCCAUGUCCUUGGCAACAAGCCACGAUGACACUCUUGGAUCAAAAUCCUGACAUUCGACAGCGUAUGUCCAACCAGCGGAGUAUAACUACAGACCCAUUUAUGACCACCGAUAAUGGAAACUAUUUUUGGGACAGGCCAUCCAAAGUGGGAUUAGUGGCUUUUUUCCCUAACGGAACGGAGUUUAGAAGAGGUAUGGGCUUUGGAACCGCUGCCUUUAUAACCUACAAGAGGCUGAAAAGCAGAGAUUUUAUAAAAGGAGAUGAUGUUUAUAUCCUACUGACCGUGGAAGACAUAUCCCACCUUAAUUCUACACAAAUUCCACCAAUCCCAACUUCUAACAUCAAUGACCUCUGCACAAACUUCAAAUGUGAGAACGACGGCAUCUGCGUUGUCCGAAAUGGCAAGGCCGAGUGCAGGUGUCUGUCAGGGGAAGACUGGUGGUUCCUGGGCGAAAGGUGUGAGAGGAGAGGCUCCACCCAGGAUACCAUUGUCAUCGCUGCAUCUUCUACUGUUGCUGUGUUUGCCCUGAUGCUGAUAGUCACCCUCGUCAGUGUCUAUUGUACCAGGAAGAGAUAUCGUAGGAGGACAACUUCAAAUACAACAGACAUGACUCUGGAAAAUCAGCAUGCAUUUUGAAGAUUAACUCAACAAUAUGGCCAGCAAGUGAAGUUACAAAGGAUUCUUCAUCAUGGAUUUCACCUAGAAUAUAUUACAACUGCCUUGUUCUUCUGUAAAUGGAUCUUCUCUGUAAAUAGCUGGACAUACUAUAAAUCACUAUUUUGUUAAAAGUCUAACUGGUGACAUGUUUGUGUUUUUGUUUUUCAAAGAGGGGAAUUAACUCAGGCUCCUCUGGAAGUAUAAUAAUAUCCACAAAAAGGAGCACAACAAACAGAGAUAGCUUUCCAAAUUCCUGAUCAUUCCCGGGGGGAGGGGGGGCAAGUGUAGUGGCCUCAUGAGUGAUUGCCUAGGAACGCACUGGAAACACCCAAUGGGAAUGAUCUUCCACGUGCAACCUCAACAUUUCUGUGUCAUCCUGUCCCAGGAUAGGGAGAAGUGGUAGGGCAGCUCCCUUUCCCUCUUGCCAAAGCUCGCCACUCUCUUGUUUUCUUACAUUGGCCCUUCAGUAUGUGAGCUGGGUUUAGAAUUUGUUUGAACAUGCAACUGUGAUCAACAAGAAAACUUUUGACUCCUAGAACAGUGGGUUCUCCAAGUUCUGGAUCUCAAAAGUUUCUAUAUUCUUCUUCUCCUUUUUAGAAAAAAAAUUUUUAAUGUUUUAUUAUUUAUUUUUGAGAGACAGAGGGGCAGAGUGUGAGUGGGGAUGGGGCAGAGAGAGAAGGAGACAUAGAAUCCAAAGCAGGCUCCAAGCUCUGAGUUGUCAGCACAAAGCCUGACUAGGGGUUCAAAUUCACGAACCAUGAGAUCAUGACCUGAGCCUAAAUCAGGAGUUGGAUGAUUAACCGACUGAGCCACCCAGGAGCCCUCUUCUGCUUUUUGAUGUUUAUUUAUUUAUUUUGACGGGGAGGGAAGGGCAGAGAGAGGGAGAGAGAUAAUCCAAGCAGGCUCUGUGCUGUCAGUGACGAGCCCGAAGUGGGGCUCGAACUCAUGAACCUCGAGAUCAUGACCUGAGCUGAAAUCAAGAGUUGGAUGCUUAACUGACUGAGCCAUCCAGGCGUCCCAGGAGCCUUUACAUUCUUAAAAGUUAUUGAGAGCCCCAAAGUGCUUCUGUUUGUGAGCAUCACAUUCAUUAGUACUUCCUCUAUUAGAAAUCCAAGUCAGAAAAACUUAAAACUAGGUAUUUGUUAAUCAUUAAGAAAUAAUAAGCCUAAUGUUUACAUGUUAGCAUAUAAUUUUUUAUGAAAAAUAACUCUAUUUUUCAAAACAAGAAAAUUUAGCAAAAGAAGGGAUAAUGUUUUAUACUUUUUUGCAAAUCUCUAAUGUCUGGAUUAAUAGAAAACAGCUAAAUUUUCACAUUAUGUGUCUGCAUUCAGUCUAUUGUGAUAUAUUAUUUUCACUGAAGGAUAUAAAGCAAGUCUAACCUCAUACAGAUAUGUAGUUGAAAAGGGAGGUGUAUUUAAAUAUCUUUUCAGGGAAUUGUGCAUAUUCUUUGUGAAUACUUUAUUAAAACUUGACAAAUGGUAAUUUCUUAAAGGUUAGUUGUAACUGGCACCUGAAAUGGCAUGAAUGAACUUUUGUACUCGGUUCAGUGUCAUCCACCAGUCUGUCGUGUAUAUUAAAUGGAUCGUUCAUCUAUGCAUGACUUUGUACUACUGUGUAUUGAUCAUUUAGAAAAUACCUUACUGGUUCACUAAGUUAUGCAGCACAUACAACCUUUGGCACAUUUUAUUGUAUGAUAUCAAAACAUAACGUUAGUUAAUAUCACUACUGAUCGUAUUAAAAAAGUCUUUAAUCCUCGGGAAGCUGACACUCGUGGUGGCAAAAGCAAAUUUCCCAAGAUUCAGAUUGUUGCUCAAAAGCUUAAAUCUUAUCACUGACAAUAAAUACUGUCUUCCUUGUAGUGACAGGCUGACUUCAGUCAAUUGUUUUAAUUCAAAUUUUACUUUGAAAUAAUUGUAGAUUCACAUGCCGUUGUUAAAAAAAAAAAAAAACAACAAAAAAAAAACAAUAGGGAGAGAUCUCUGUACCCAUCUCGCAGUUUCUCUCAAUGGGAACAUCUUGCAAUACUUACCAGGAUAUUGAUAUUGAUACAGUCAAAAUACAGAACAUCUUCAUUGCCACAGGAAUCCCUCAAGUUGCCUUCAAAUAGCACUCCAUCUCCUGAUUGUCCCUACCUGCUGCUUAACCCCUGGUAACCAUCGGUCUGUUCUCUGUUCUGCAAUUUGUCAUUUAAAAAAAUGUUAUACUAACAGAACCAUACAGUAUAGAACCUUUGGGCAUUACUUUUUUUUUUUUUUUUUUAAACUCAGCAUAAUUCUCUGUACCUUCAUCUAGGUUGUAUGUUCAAGAGUUUGUUCCUUUUUAUCACCAAGUAGUGUUCCUGGUGUGGACUCAGCACAAUGUAACCAUUUACUUGUUGAAGGACUUCUGGGUUGUUGCCAGUUUGGGGCUAUUACAAAUAAAGCUGCUAUAAACAUUCAUGCA